CCACCUGUCCACACAGCUUGUCUUAUCCAUAUUUACGGGUACGAGACUACCGAGCAGGCCCUCCCCCCCAUCUUAGCAACUGAGCUGUCAAUUUAUAAGGCAGGUAAUCGUCUUCACUUUCUUUGGGGCCCUUUUCACCGCCUAGCUCCAUGGGCAGUGGAGUAUGUAGCGCCUCCACCGUCACCAUCGCAGGCAACUCGACCUACACAGGGCCCUUUUCACCGCCUAGCUCCAUGGGCAGUGGAGUAUGUAGCGCCUCCACCGUCACCAUCGCAGGCAACUCGACCUACACAGGUUAGCUCUGUUUGUGAGUUUAUAAGAAAGGCAGUGUGA